GAGAAGCAGAGUGUAAAGAAUAUGGGGGAGAACAAUCAUGCUGUCCUCUGUUCUUAUCAGUUGGAAUAUCUCGAUAAUCUCUGGUGGGACAUAGACAAUUGCUUGAUGGAGAUUGUCUAUUAUGUUAAGAAGGCUAGAAACUAUGCCAUAAGAUUAAUUGAAGGAACUAAGUCUGGAGAAGAGAAGAAUUUGGAGGGACAGGAAAUCUGUCUUCAAGGAUUUGAAGGGUGGUUUUGUGUGGGAUGGAUUAGAAUUGUUUUCUUUGGUCCCGAGUGAGCACAAAUCAGAAUAGGCAGACUGCAGAGACAGAUUUUAUCUCAAUACAAGAAAAACUUCCUAACAAAUUUGUCCAAUGGUGGAGGCUGCCUAUCACUUAACAAUAGGGAUAGGGCCUGGACCUGUGACCUCAAAUUGGUUUAACUGCUCUGAGAAGAGGAAGUACCCUUUAAUAAUACUAUUAGGUACUUUCUUGACAAUUUAUAUCCUUACAGAGUUGCCUAGAGUGUGGAGAGAUUAAAUUACUUGCCCAGAGUCACGUAGUAUGGGCCAGUGUGGGUCAAGGACUUGAACUUAAGUCUUCUUGGUUUUAAGACUAGCUCAUUAUCCAAUGUCACCUAGAAGAAUCACUUUGAAGAGCUCAAAUAGAUAUUACAAAAACAAUGUGUUCUGAAGGCAAUCCCCCAAAUAUGUUGACCAUAGCUUCUUUAGAUUUCCUUGCCCUCCCUUUAAUUGUUCAUCAUUACCAAGAGUAAAUAAACUAUGGUUAAAUUCAUGCAUUGGACUUUUUAUGCUUGCAGGUGUUUGGGUACAGUUAUGUGUUAACUAUUUAAGAAAGGAAAAGAGCCAAAAGAAAGUACUAAGUGUAUUUGAGGUUAUUUUAAAAUGAUAGCAGGUAAUAGUUUUGCCUUUCUUUGCAUCUUAAGUGCUUGUCACAGUGCCUGGCACAUAGUAGGUGCUUAUUGACUUGUGACUUUUGAAGACCCAUAGAUGAAUCUAAUAGAGAUCUUGAUUCUGGGAUGAUUAUUUUGGUGAUUCUUUUGACGGUUUUCAUUUCAGCAUCACUCUUCUGAGUAAACCUCCCGAGUUUUUCUUCUUUUUCCUUUCUUUCUACAUUCUUUCAUUACCAAAUCGGUAAGAGAAUCAUUCCAUUUUCCUCUCAGAUUCCCACUUCCAUUAGUCCUCUACUUAGUGGCUGGUUUGAUGCCUUAUUUGGACACCUACUUCCCAGCAUCGGCCAUUCACAAAAGUCUUAACUAGUUCAAAUUGGAGGAUCUUUUCACAAAAGUCUUAACUGGUUCAAAUUGGAAGAUCUUUUCGGUAUGGAACUUCUACUUUUCACAGCUCUGUUUUCUUCUCACUCUAUUCUGCCUUUAUUGAAAAUCUUGGAUUUGAAAAAAAAACUCCAACACAGUUCUUAAGGCUGACGAACUUUUUUGUUCUUGUCUCAAUUUGUUAUUUUAGUUAGAGCAAACUGCCAAGAAUCAUAUUAAAAUAUUAAACCUGCAUUUUAAUGCCUCUUCUUCCUUGCAAGUCCCUUGACUUCAAUAAAAUUCACCAUCCUUUCCAUUUUACAAGGCAUCUUGGUGUUUUUUUUUUAACUUCAAUCACUUGCUUGCAGUGUUCUUCUAUCCUCUCCUUCAGGAGUCUUUCCUCUUCUUUCUUCACUCUCCAAAGUAGACAUAGAGGCACAUAUAAGAAAAACGAAGAGAAGAUUAGUUCAUAUCGUUUUUGCUCUUAAUAUUUCUGGCAUGCCAAGCCACGGAACAUGAGUUGGUCUACACUUUUUUAUUGUGUAGGUAUGAUUUUUGGCAUCCCUUCUGUUUAUACGACUCGAGAGAGGCACAUCUUUCAUCUUGUCCAGUUUUUCUGGUGUGCAUAAGUCGCUCUUGUAUUUUCUUUCUCUAUCCUUUCUGGUCUAUUUUAGACGUGCCAACUUCUUCCUUUUAGGCUGUUGUCUGUAUUCAGGCAUCCCUUGAGCCUGACCUAAUUCUGGAAGUCAAUUAUUGUUGUCCUAUCGGUGUCCUUUUGCCAAAGCUCAUGGUUGGGCUCCAGAAAGUGGAAAAAACCUUCUCGCCUAGAGUUGUUGGCGUGUGUUCACUUAGACCCGUUAGAAAACGCAGCCAAAAAAUGUCUUCUUAUCCACAUCCUGAGCAAGGAGUUGAAGUGUGAGUUGAGCAGGGAGUGGGAGAGCCUGGACAGUCCGCUCCGGGUGAUUCACAGGAUCUAACAGGUGCGUAGCUGCAGCUGCGCUCCUAUCCCAAGCCUAGAGUGUAGGAAAUAAGACUUUUCAAGAGGAGGGGGAAGGGGGUGGAGCGAAUGGGGAGGCCCAAUCAAGUCAAUGUAGGCCGCCGUUAUUCAUCUCCUAGCAACCAAGGGAACCAAUGGGAAAGAGCCUAGGUAGUGGAAGGCGUGGGGGAGGGGUGGGAACAGUUCAAACCUGCGGCCCUAGGGAGGGGAGGCAAAGCAGAAGGGGGCGGAGCCUAAACUGGGGAGAUAGUCCAGGAGGCGGGGCCUAGUGAAGGGAGGCUCAGCCUGAGGCACCUCAUUCUUGGGCCUGGCAGUUGGGGGAUUGUAGCUGCAGAGGGGAGUCUGGUGGUCGUAAGGCGAGGAGACCCUCCCCACACCCCCCCCCGUCCAUGGGGGGGGCCAUGACUGGACUGCAGUGGAGACAUCAUUUCUGAAUCUGUAAAUAUAAGAAAAACUAAGUUCACAGAUGAUGCAUACAUAGAAGAUUUUCAAAACAGUUGGACUGAAUGCGUUAUUGCUGAGCCAGUCACUCAGGUAUCACCUAGCUGUCUUGAUUGCUAUGGGAGAUUGGAAGACUAUUACAGUGCCAAUUCCAUCAUCAGAAAGCAAAAAUAUUUCUCAGUUUACCUCAGAAACCAAUAUGUCACCUUCAAGUUUAUGCUCACAGCAAGUUCUGUGUCCUUCACUACCUUUGGCAAAGAGUGUGCACAAUUUUUUCAGGGCUUUCUGCACAGAAGAGAAUGUUGACCAGAGUGUGUCCUAUCUUGAUCAGGAGCUGACUACUUUAGGUUUUCCUUCAUUAUAUGAAGAAUCCAAAGGUAAAGAGGUUAAAAGAGAUUUAAAUAUAGUUGCAGUUUUAAAUUGUAUCCAAGAACUACUUGUACUUCAUCGAAAGAACCUCCUAGCUCAGGAAAAUGUGGAAACACAGAAUUUGAAACUGGGAAGUGAUAUGGACCAUCUGCAGAACUGCUAUUCCAAACUGAAGGAACAACUAGAAACAUCUAGGAGGGAAAUGAUUGGGCUUCAGGAGAGAGACAGACAGCUGCAAGGCAAGAACAGAAACUUGCAUCAGUUACUUAAAAAUGAGAAGGAUGAGGUACAAAAAUUACAGAAUAUCAUUGCAAGUCGGGCAACUCAGUAUAAUCAUGAUAUGAAGAGAAAAGAGCGAGAAUAUAACAAGCUAAAGGAACGUCUUCAUCAACUUGUUAUGAAUAAAAAGGAUAAAAAAACAGCUAUGGAUAUUUUAAAUUACGUAGGGAGAGCAGAUGGAAAGAGAGGUGCCUGGAGAACUGGCAAAACUGAAGCUAGGAAUGAAGAUGAAAUGUAUAAAGUUCUGUUGAGUGACUAUGAACAACGCCAGAAGCAAAUUCUAUUGGAAAAUGCUGAACUCAAGAAAGUCCUUCAGCAAAUGAAAAAGGAAAUGAUUUCUCUUCUGACAUCACAAAAGCAAAAACCUAAAGAAAAAGCUGAGGACACUCCUGGGACUGUCCUGUCGGAUGUCGAAGAAGAUAAUUCAGAACUAAGUAAAGAAAAUAUGUGGGAACUCUCCUGUGAAACUGUGAGAGAGCAGCUUACUAAUAGCAUUAGAAAACAGUGGAGAAUUCUGAAAAGUCAUGUUGAAAAACUUGAUACCCAAGUAUCAAAGGUACACUUGGGAGGCUUUAAGGAUGAGGAAGUUAUCUCAAGACAGGAUCAUGAACAAGAAACUGAAAAACUGGAGUUGGAAAUUCAGCAGUGCAAAGAAAUGAUCCAGACUCAGCAGCAGCUUUUACAGCAGCAGUUCACCACUACGUGUGAUGAUGACACCUCCUCAUUAUUACAAGACUGUUAUUUAUUGGAAGAAAAAGAACGUCUUGAAGAAGAAUGGGCCUUAUUUAAAGAACAAAAAAAGAACUUUGAGAAAGAAAGACGGAGUUUUACAGAAGCUGCAAUCCGACUAGGACUAGAGAGGAAGGCCUUUGAAGAAGACCGAGCUGGUUGGCUAAAGCAGCAGUUCUUAAACAUGACUUCUUUUGACAAUAAGAACUCAGAAAAUGGAAAACCUCAAAGUGCCUUUUCAGGAAGUUCUGAUCAGGACAAUCUAACACUGCACUCCAAGCCUGGACAAAAAUCUUAUUCUGUGUUUAGCGAGUCUUCAGUACGCACGUCUAAACUCACUAAAUCUCUACCUGUUUCCCCUUCCACUUCAGAGCUUUUCCAGACAAUUCGCCAUAUAUCAGAAAAUAGUUCAAGCUGUGUACUGAAUGUAGCUACAGAAGACACUAAACCAAAUCAGGUUGGAAGGGAAUGCACAGCUCAGAAAUGGAGUGUGGCAUCAAGAUCGGACUCGCAGGAAGGAGGCUGUUCUGGUUCACGAUCUUUGGCCUGUACAGAUUGGUCCAUAGAACACAGAGAUGGCUUACCAUAGGCAUACCGUAUGGAUGUGCUUGAUUAAGUUAAUGUGUUCAUAAAUUCUCUUGUCUAAGAUGCAAAGUGGGAUAAACUUGAUCGUAUUUAAUGGUUUUAAAGAAAGUCGUCUUGAGUUGUUUGUUCUGACUUCCCUAUCCUCUGUUCCCCAAAGAACUGAAAUGUUAUCCAUUGAAAAAGAUACAGAAGCUUUGGAUUUUUAGUAACAGAAGCUUCUGGUUCUGUGAAUAAAGGAAUGUAGAGACAUUUCAGAUGGAAACUGAAGCACUAGAAGGAGCGUUUCUUUUUAUAGACAUAAAAGGUAGCACUUUUAGGAAACCAAUUAUUGUAAAUGUUUAAUUUUGUUCCAAAUGUAACUGGCAUUGGAAGUUAUGCCUUUACUUGAAUGUACAAUGUAGAUUUUUAACAAAGCAAGCUUAUAUUUAUUACGUCUUGUGUGAUUUGAAAUUGCCUCUUUCAUAUGUUUUAAAUUGAGAUUUAUGUAUAUUUUGUACAUAGUUAUACAUGAUUAUGUUAAGAUGCUUUAAAAUUAAAUAAUUUCAUGCAUCCAUAAUCAUAGUAUUUUAUAUGCCAGUUUAAACCUUUUUUUAGUAAUAUUCUGUUUACAGAUGUGUUAGGGCUGUUGCCAUAUUACAUUAAAGGACUGGACUUUUUAAAUAUAUCUGAGCAAUAAAUGUGAAAAAGCUAUUCUUAUGAAACUGAUUUCUUACAAUGUUUAUUACUGAGUACUGUAGAAAUUAUUCACUUGGGUUUUAAAACAUGGGUCAGUUAUUUAAAAGGACAGUUUUUAUACAUUAUAUAUAUAUGUAUGUGUAUUAUAUAUAUAUGUUAUGUAUACAUACAUAGAAAAUUUUAUAUACACACAUAUAUGUCAUUUGGGGGCAUGGAAUCAGAAAUACCUUUAAAAUAAGACCAUCUCAGAAUUAUAUUUCUACUGGUUAGAGUAUUGAUUAUGGUGAUAUUUGUUUGACUGGCACAGCAGCAAUUAUCUACCAUUAGCUAGAGUAUCUGUUCCAGCUGGAGAUGUGAAGUGGCCAUGUAGCGUUUAGGAUUUACCAUUGAAGCAUUUUGGUAUGCUUUUAUGGGACAUUUUUUUAAAGGUUCCUUGUACAAUCCAGUUCCUAGCACACUGGCACAUUGAAUAUAAAAUCCUGUUAAAUCCAGCGUUUCCCAUGAUUGCUAUAGAGUAGAAAGAGGGAGAAGGAGGGAGGAAAAGAACACAGGUUCGCAUUCUUCUCCAAAGGAACCAUCCCAUUGCAAUCAGGUGGUAAACUGUGCAAGGUCCCAUAGAGACCCAGUACGUGCCUUUCGAGGGCUACACAUCAGACUGGCCUGUCUGCCAUUGUGUUUCUGGGCAACCUGCCAUAUAUAUAAUAUGUAAACCAUGUCACUCUUUUGCUCACCAAGCUUCAAUGAGUCAUCCUGUUAUCUACAGGAUAAAAUAAAAUCUGUUUGUCAUUUAAAGCC